AGUCCCCACCCAGCCACUCUUAACAUCUUAAAAACUAACAUUCAUCAACAGACGUCAACAUCCACUCCAACAGACGUCAACAUCACUCAACAGACGUCAACAUCCAUUCAACAGACGUCAACAUCAUUCAACAGACGUCAACAUCCACCCAAACAGACGUCAACAUUCAUCCAACAGACGUCAACAUCCAUUCAACAGACGUCAACAUCCUCACAGACGUCAACAUCCACUCAACAGACGUCAACAUCCAUUCAACAGACGUCAACAUCCACUCAACAGACGUCAACAUCCAUUCGCGGUAACAUCCACUCAACAGACGUCAACAUCCAUUCAACAGACGUCAACAUCCACCCCAAUAGACGUCAACAUUCAUCAACAGACGUCAACAUUCAUCCAACAGACGUCAACAUCCACCCAACAGACGACAUCCACCCCAGCAGACGUCAACAUCCAUCCAACAGACGUCAACAUCCACCAACAGACGUCAACAUUCAUCAAACAGACGUCAACAUCCACACAACAGACGUCAACAUCAACCCAACAGAGUCAACAUCCCCCCAACAGAUGUCAACAUCCACCCAGCAGACGUCAACAUCCAUCAACAGACGUCAACAUCACCAACAGACGUCAACAUCCAUCAACAGACGUCAACAUUCACCCCAACAGACGUCAACAUCCAUUCAACAGACGUCAACAUCCACCCCAACAGACGUAAACAUCCACCAACAGACGUCAACAUCCAUUCAACAGACGUGA